ACCCAGACUGGUAGAACAGGUUUUCAAUUCACGGCCUGCAUAACUUGUACCCGGUCUGGCUGUUUCGGGAUGACCACGGCGGGUUUUGCUAAUUUUAGACACAUGUUGUUGCUAGAAUUCGAGUUGGGAAGGGUGGGUUCUGGUCUGGGUUCGGCUGAUAGAUCAGUUGUACAAUCUGAGAGCCGCGAGAGACUGGCAGAUCUUUGGUGUCCACAUGUCAGCCUGACAGCAUCACAUAGGUUCACAGUACUGCUCGACUUUUCAAAGAUCUCAAGAUGUGGAGAGGUGUGCUGCUUAUGGUGCUGUUCCUUGCACCAGACCUCUCACAUGGUCAGCUGACACUGCAGCAGGCAACAUGUGAUGCAUCUCGAAGGAGAGUAGAUGUGCACAUGUCUGGUGCUAAUGUUGUGCUGGGAGGACUUUUUGCCAUCAGUGAGACUGGAGCUAAGGGUCAAGGUUGUGGUCUUCCCAGCAAAGAUCUGAUGCAAUCUUUUGAAGCAGCUCGCUGGUUUCUCACCCUCCUUAACAGCUAUAAUAAUGGAGUGGGUUAUGUACCAGGUAUUAAAUUCGGUAUGCAAGCAUUUGACACGUGCACCCUGGAAGGAAAUGCACUACAGUCAUUUGAAACUUUCUACCCCAAAUCCUCAUCAGCGCAGUCAUACUGUACACUCCUGAAUUCUCCCUACAAGCUGGGUUUUGUGGGUCCCAUGACAACGUGGGAAUCUGAGGCAGUGGCAACAAGGGCUGCAGAUCUUCCUGCCUCUGUUGUCUCAAUGCGAAGUGCUGCUCCAAGUCUCAGCAACAAGAAUAUGUACCCAACCUUCCUGAGAACUGAUCAGUCCGCAACUACGUACGCUAGGGCAUUGGCAAGUCUGUUAAAGUCGCUGCAAUGGGAAAAGAUCAUCAUUGUCUAUACUGAAGAUAGCUACGGCAUGGAAGGCUAUACACAGAUUCUUCAGGCAGCUUAUGAGGCUGGAAUCUGCGUUACUGCUGCAAUCUCAGUACCACAUGAUGGGACAGUUGCAGACCAUCAAGCUAAACUGAAAAACAUUGGAACUCUUGAUACUACAGCUGCUGUUUAUUAUGGAGCAACAUCAGAUGCAUUAAUCAGUUUACAGGCUUUGCAAUCUGUGAGCAACAUCAACAACAUAAAGUGGGUGUUUGGUCAGCUGGAUCUUCAAAUGGACAUUUCUUCCUAUAUUGCAGGGCAGGGUGCCAUUGUUGGGAUGUCUAGUUCUGUAACAAUUGAUACCUUCCAAGAUCAUUUUAUUAACUUAGAUCCAAAAAACCCACCAGCACAAAAUCCUUGGUUCCAAGACUGGUACAUGAAUACCUUCCAGUGUAGACUGGAUAAUAAUGUGAAUUAUGAACCAUACAGAAAUUUUCAGCUCUGUGUAGACCAGACAGCAGCCCAAAGACGUGCAUCAUUUCGACAGAGUCAGUAUGUGGAAACAACAGUUAAUGCCAUAAUGGCUUAUGCUGAAACUGUCAGGAGUAUUUGUACCACAAACGGUUGUCCCCAGUUGGCUUCAGUGAGCCCCUCUGCAUUUCAUUCUCAGCUAAGCACACUUAAUUUCACCUAUCCUGGUACUUUCAGUGUUGCUGCACUUCGUGGUCGACGCAUUGCAUUUGAUAUGAAUGGAGACCUUAUAUCUUCAGGAUACACUUUCUACAACUUUAACAGCCGAAGUGGAAGCUAUGCUUUUGAGCAGUUUGCAACAUACAGCAGCGGUAGCUUGCAGAUGACCACAACACCCAUUUUCAACAAGAAUACUAACACAGUGUCUGCUACUUCCCUGUGCCCCACCACUGGCUGCACUAGCUGCCUUCACCCAGUGCAAGAUGUGACACUCGCUUACAAAACUGGAGACAUUGUUGUUGCUGCACUCGUCAAUGCCCAUGAACCUGAUGCUGGAGGGCUUGGAUGUGGGAAGGCAAUCCCUGAUCAGUUGAUAGAUGCUGUUGCUGCACGGUAUGCUGUCACAAAGUCUGCAGCUGCAUCUGGUCUCAGUGCAAGAAAAGUGUCUGUGGGCUACCUCAUUGUGGAUGUCUGUCCAGGGAAAGAAGUGGCUGAGACCUUUUUAUCUAACCUGCUAGGUGGCUUCAAACUCUAUGUUAAUGAGCAAGGCAUCAUUAUCAACCCCAGCAACAUUGUAGCAUUUAUUGAUAUCACUGAUGGCAACACAGCUUUGAGUAUUUCUCCUAUUUUAGCCAAAAUGGGGAUCCCAGAGAUCCGGAUAAUGUCCUCAAGCUCCAGCGAUCUUUAUAAUGAAAAAUAUCCUCUGUUGUCAUCAGCAGUUCCUUCUGAGGAAGUUCUCCACACAACUAUAGCUCAAAUGCUGUCAUUACUCCAAUGGUCAUAUGUACAGAUCAUUUCUGAUGCCAGUGGCAGUUACUACAGAGCUGCAGAGAACUUCCGAAAAGUGGCCAGUCGCUUUAGUAUUUGUGUAGCUCUGUGGUCUACCUUUAGUAAUGACUUGAGUACCACAGUCUCUCGCAUGGCACAGAUCAAGAAUGCACCAGUGGUGGUUGUCUUUGGAAGCAGCCAAAAACUGCGUUCUCUACUUGCACAAUUACGGGCAGCUCAUGCUCAGAAUACCCUAACAUUUGUGGCGGGCAAUGAAAUGUGGGGAAGGUCUCAAGACUUUACUGGGGAAUACUUUCAAGAUGCUGCAGGAUCCCUAACUAUCAAAUUAGCAGCCUCAGAUGACAGCGGUUUUAAUAGCAACCUUCAAGGAAUGAAACUAGAAGAUGUCUCUGCUGAUGUCUUCUUAACAGAAUGGUUUCAGCAAAAGUUAGGUUGUGCACUCAACUCUAACAGCAUGGGCCAUUAUAACAAAAUCUGCAGCAGUUCUGAUAAGGUGGACUUUUUCUAUCAGAGCUAUGCUCCAUACAUUAUAAACGCUGUCAACAUGGUCGCAGCAGCAGUCAACUCAGCCUUGCAGAGCAUCUGCCCAACUGUCACUGGGAUCUGCUCAGCAUUUAGGACAGCCAAUGUUCGUCAACGAAUAGGAAACUAUGUCAAGAGUGCAAGCGGUAGUUUUCAGAUGAAAAAUGGAGAGGGUAUUAGUGACCUAGCGUUCUAUAACAUCAAAAAUGGUAUCUUUACAAAGGUUGGAGAGUUUGACACUAUCAACCGCCGCCUCAUGACCCUGAAUACUGUCGACAUCAGAAGUGCAACAGGUGCUGUAGCAAAUACUGUAACAUUCAGCUGCACAGGUCGGUGCCUGGAGUGCCAGUAUGUCUACCUGUACCAGGAUUUUGCUUUUACACCUGGUGAUUGGCUGGUGGCCGGCACCUUCUCCAUUAGUCAGCCAGGCCCUGAGGGUCAGAGACCAUAUGUUUGUGGGAAUGUUCGCACUACCAAUGGGUUCUUGUACAGUGCAGCUAUGAUGUAUGCCAUCAAUCGUAUCAACAGUGGCAGUGCUCCAGUAAAACUAAGGAACAUCACCUUAGGUGGCCUUGCCAUGGAUCACUGCAACAACGAACGUCGUGCUUUUGCCCAGGUCUCAGACAUCUACUCUGGCCUGCUGCAGAUGGUCUGGGAGCAGGAUGGAACAACUCAAAGAAAUCUGAUGGGUAGCACACAGCAGUUUGCUCCAAACCAUAUCCUGGCAUGGUUGACAGAUAACACCGCCAGUAGUAUGGAAGCUGCUGAAAUUCUGCAGCCUCUGAAAAUCCCAAUCGUCAGUCCAUCAGCCACAUCUACAUCUUUGAAGGACAAUCCUACCUUUUUUCGCACAGUUCAAGGUGAUGAUACAAUAGCUCUGGCCAUAAUAAGGAUAUGCAAACAACUUGGCAUCCGCUACAUUCAGGUGGUGCACUCUGGUGAUGACUAUGGCCGCUCUGGUUUAGCUACGCUGACCAGCAUUGCACAUCGUGAGAAAGUGUGCAUUUUCAGCUCAGCAGCAAUGAUGCAAGCUUCUGAUGCCAACAGUGUAGCUAGAAAUGUUAGUCUAGCUGCAACAAAGGUUGUUGUGUUGUACAUGGGCACAAAUCUAAUGUCUGCUUUUCUUGAGGCUGCUGCCCAGCUCCCAAACACCCAGCGCCUGACAUUAAUAUCACCAGAACCCUUGACAGAGAAAGUGACAGGCAUUGGCAGUAACCUUACCAACAUGCUGACGCUACAGCUUCGCAAUUCUACUUUGUCUGACUUCAACACUUUUAUUAACUCUUUGGAUCAGAACAGUAACAACCCAUUUUAUGCACGCUACUACAUGAAAAUUCAAGGCUGCAAUCUUCCUGGUUAUAAUAUGUAUCCAACUAACUGUGGUGCCACUCCACAGCCUUUGAGUUACUCUCAGGGCAGCUAUGUUUUGUCUACAGUCAAUGCAGUCUACGCUGUAGCAUCUGCUCUGGAUGCUACUCUGAGAGAGUUUUGCGGACAGUCUUAUUACAAAGUGUGUUCAAGCUUUCUACAGUCUGCAAACACCAGUGAAAGAUUCACAGAAAAUUUGAAAGUAGUUUCAUUUAUGGAUCCCAGCAGUUUCACGUUCAUGUUCCUUGAGCGGGAAGGAAAUGUCAUCUAUGAUGUCCUGAGAUUCACUGGAAACAGCUAUCAAAAAGUAGGAAGCUUUGGCAGCUCCUCUCUGACUCUUGACAGUGGUGUAUCCACUUUUUACUCAGGAGUGCAGUCUUCUUGUCAGGACAAGUGUGAUGUAUGUGUCUUUAAUGAUCUCACAUUUUCUUACACUCCUGGAGACAUCUACUUAGGAGGUGUAUUUGAUGUUCAUGCACAAGGACAGGGCGUUUUUGAAUGUGGCAGUAUCAACUUGUUGCAUGGCUUUCAGCUGCUAGAGGCCUUCCACUUUGCCCUAGAGCAGGUUAACAAGAAGCAGGGUAUUUUUGCUGAUAUUCUCCAUGGCGUACAGCUUGGUGGCAUUGGACUAGAUGCUUGUGAGAGUCCUAUUAACACAGGCUUCAUUGUGUCCAAUGUCAACAAUGGCUUAAACACACUGUCUUGGAAUGGAAAGGUGAUAGACCCAGAGGACAUUGAUGUUUACAUUGGACCAUACUCCAGUGACAGUGCUAUUUCUCUAGCUCGCAUUCUCACAGAACUUCAGCUUCCCCUGAUUAGCUAUGCAGCAACAUCCACCACUCUUCAAGACACACGGCUUUUCCCGUACUUUUACCGUACAGUGCAGGCUGACGACAAACAGGCCCUUGCCAUGUUAAAAUAUCUGGACCAGAACAACAUACGCUAUGUACAGCUGCUGUAUACAGAGACAAGCUAUGGCAUACAGGCUGUAGCACAAUUUGAGCUUAUGAUUAAAAAGGAUGGAUUCCACAUCUGUGUUGCACAGAAGGUUCUCUUUCCGGAGACUGGUAUUGCAUCUGAUGAAAGCUCCAACAAAGUAGUUAGCUCACUCUUGGUAAAUCCUGUGGCCAAUACUGUGGUAAUCUUUGCAGACACCAAGUACAUCCAGGCUUUUUUGAAGGCAGUGGCACGAAAUUCAAAAGCAGCAAGCACUUUCAAGUUUGUUGGCCCCACCACCUGGGGUAACUACCCUGAUGUCACUCAGGACAUUGUAGGUGUUGCUAGUGAUGCAGUGACACUGAUGAUGGAUUUUCAAUCUUUAGGUGACUUUGAAGACUAUAUGCUCCAAAGAAGGCCAUCCAAUGCCUACAACAAUCCUUGGUUUGAAGAGUGGUUUCAAACUGUGCUCAACUGCUACACUGCAGCAGACAAUGCAAAUACAUAUCCAGCAAUCUCAGUGGAUGAGUCACUGUCUGCAGCAUUUUCUGAAGACCAUGGGGCUCUACAUGUCAUUAAUGCUGUCUACGCUGCUGCGUUUGCUAUUGAUGCUACGCUCAAGAAAAAAUGUGGAGAAGGAUAUUCUGCUGUGUGUGAAGCAUUUCGCAACAGCAGGAGCCAGAGGCUGGACAUUAACAGCAACCUCGCUAACGUCACUUUUACUGACAUGACAGGUGCAACUUUUAAGUUUGUGAACAGAGAAGGAAAUAAAGGCUACAUCCUGUAUAAAGCUGAGAUGACAACAACAGGCACUUCUCAAAACUACAACUACUUACGGAUUGGUAAUUAUGACAACAAUGGAACUCUCACUCUCAAGCCCGGUCUGGCUCCAAGCUACGAUGGGAGCUGUAAUAGACCUGAAGCAUGCGCAGAGUGUCCGACCAUUCGUAACCGGGGUGUGCGGUAUGCAUUAGGUGGAGACCUUCAGGGAGAUGUGACACUCAUUGGUGUGUUCAAUGUGCAUAAUCAAGGUACCGAGCCUUACCAGUGUGGAACCAUUAAUAUGGAUGGAUUCCAACAGUUUUUGGCCUUCUUCAAUGCUUUUAACACGGUUGCUGAAAAGUCAAGAAUCCGGCUGCUGGCUUUGGACACCUGCUCCAACAGUAUGCGUGUUGGUCAAGAUCUUUAUGGUCUCCUGUCUCCUGAGGGCGUUCUUUGCAACUCAGAGUUUGAUGUGAAGAACCUUGGGCUUGGCCAUGUUGGAGGGGUCCUGGUUGCUGGACAAGAUAAUACCCUGGCAGCUUCACGCAUUCUUGAGCCUUUGAAUAUCAGCUUUGUGAGCCCAGAUGCUGUAACUUUUCUCCUUGAUAACCAGAAGUUCCUUGCACGCACAAUCUCACCAGAGUCAGCACGGUUCCUUGUACUUUCUGAGUUCUUGAGAUUCAGAGGUUGGUCUUAUAUAAACACAGUAUAUUUGGGAGAUGGAGAAGGGAAGCAGUACUACACCACCUUUUUACAACAGUCACAAAAUGCAGGCAUAUGCGUAUCAAGAAGCCUGCAGAUCCCAGAUGGUGUCACAGAUGCAGAUGUCCGUAGUUUACUGAGAAAUUUGGCUGCUGGUCAAGGUGCCAAGGUUGUAGUGCUUUUUACAGAUGUUGUCCUGACACUGAGGAUACUGCAGCUUGCUCAAGACCUAGGCAUUGCCAGGAAUUAUGUUUGGGUGUUUGCUGUGGAUUAUGCAGACCAGAUUCAGUCUCUUUUUUCAGGUUCAGGUCUGUCAUUUCAAGCAAUCGUUCUUCAGCAAAUGACUCGUGAUGUGACCUCAUUCAAUGAAUUUCUGAGCACAUUGGAAUACAACCUGAACCUUACUGACCGCAAUGCAGCACAAGUUCCACAAGUUUGGUUUGAAGACUUUUACCAGGCAUAUUUUGCAUGCCACUUGUCUGGUGCUGUCUAUCCACUAAAUUAUCAAGAGGAAUGCAAGUUAAGCCUUAGAAUCAACAAAGAUACCUUCACACAGAACAGGUUUAUACUGAAUGUAGUAGCAGCCAGCUAUGCCUUAGGUACAGGCAUAUCAUCAGUAUUGAAAAAUUGUAACAGUGGAGAGAGCCUAGAAGCCUGUUUACAGCGUAGAGGUCAGACACGGCAGACACUUCUUGAUGAAGUUCUAAAAACAACUUGGACAAUCUCAGAUGACACAAGCAAGAACUUUAACAUUACACCUGACAGUCCACUUGUUAUGAAGUUCAAUAAUAUGCGCUACUGGGACAUUGGCUUUGACAUAGUCAUCUUGAAUGUUGAAAAUGGUCUCAUUCAGGAAAGUCGGGUGUGGAGGUGGUCUGGUGACAACAGCAGUUUCACAUUAACUGGUGCAGGUGACAUCCUUCAAGGUAUCACCUCUGUGUGCCUUAACAACAGUGGUUGUAGCUGUCAGCAACAAAUGGCAGACAGUCAAGCCCAGACAAGUCAGAGCCAUGGCCGAACAGAUCUACGUAAUUACUAUGAGUAUGAUUCUCCUGAAAACAAGAAAUAUGAGUGGCCAAUUUGGGCCAUUACAGUGGCAGUGCUGACAAGUGUAGGACUCCUGAUCACACUGAUUGUAUUUGUAUAUUUGCUUAUCUUUUACCCCAACCAUGCUGGAACAUCUAUUCUGGGCUACAUGACUAUGAUUGGCAUCAUGGGUAUUUAUAUGAUCAACUUUGCCUUCUUCGUACAUGCCUCUGAAGCUACCUGUGGAGCACGGCGAUUUGUUAUGGGUGUUGUGUACUCCAUUGUCUUUGGUGCACUGCUGGUUAAAGCUGUUGACAACUGGCGCUUUUCUGACUAUGAAUAUGGAAACCACUCAUACAGAGGACUGACCAGCUCCAUAACACUUUUCCUAAUUGCUGUGGGAAUUGUGCUUGUUCAGUGCAUCAUUCCUAUUGAAUGGUUGAUCCUUGUUCACCCAACGGCACAAAAGUGGACAGACUCCAUGGUGCAUGACUACUGGUGGUGUGACCCUUAUGAUGAGUAUGAUGUUGGUCUUGUCCUCUCUUUCAUAUUUGUUAUGUUCCUUGUUCUCCUGACUGGAAUUUUUGCUGCGCUUGCAUGGGACAGUGAAAACAACAACAAAGAAUCUCGCUGGAUCCUGGCUGCUUCUAUAAUCACUGCAGGCUGUUUCUUGGUGUGGAUGAUUGUGUCAACCAGUGCUGGUCCAGUCUAUCGUGACCCUGCCGUUACCAUUGGCAAUUUAAUCAAUGCAACAUUGCUACUGAUUUGCAUUCCUCUUCAUAAACUUCACCUGCUAUGUCAAGCAAAAAGGAACGAAAAGUCUGAACCAAUCCCGGAUGAGAUGUAUCCAUACAAUGGUGGCUAUACAAACCAGUCCUUUGAUGGAGAUUAUGAUGCAUACGGGGCUAGCGAAAAGCAAGAUGAUUCAUUCUGAUGAGCCUUAUAAUUCUUGGAUUACUCCUGCUGCUGGCAGUUUAUUAAGGAAACAAAGUUACUGAGGUGUGAGGCUAUUGAAGCAAUAGUCUGUUUAUUUUUUCCUGCAAAAAAUUUGAGUUUGUUAAGUGCCUGCUUAUUUAUAAGCAACACAAAAUGAAAAAAAAACCUGCAUGCAUGGUGUGAGCAAAAGUGUGGGUGUGUGUGCAUGCAUGUAGAGGUGCUCAUCUUGGUGAACAUUUUUUUUCUGAUUGCGCUAUUGAAGUGCCAUGGCUCUAGAUAUUAUAGCCAAAUGGUGGACAGUUUUUAAAAGAUGAGUUAUGAUUGUUGCUAUUUUUUAUUACAGACAGCACAAUUGAUCUACCUAUUCUGAAAAUUAGUUUGUUACAAGAAAUUAUGAGCAGUGCAGAAAAAGACUCAUGUAGGUGUGAUAGAUGUUCACAGGAGUUUCCACAGUUGUACAAAGAAUAACAUGUCAGACCUUUAAUCCAUGAUCUAUCAAUCUAACUUUUUUUAGUUUUGUUUGCCUUUAUCUCAGCAAGAAUGAACUCAUCAUUACUAUUUAUUUCUGAACUGAAACAGUUAAAUCUUUAGAGGCUUCACAUCCUAGAGAAUGCUUUAACUACUGAAAAUAUGUCAUUUGCAAGUUUUUCACUUAAGUCUGUGCUUUUAUCUUUUUUUUUUUUUUUUUUUUUUUUUUUAAUUAAAAUUAAUUGACAAUACUUCAGCACUGCUUCCACAGUUACUUUAAUCACCACUAUUAUCAUAUACAACUGUUGAAGUUUCAGUUGUUCAACUCAUUAGAUUUGGAUAAAAAAGGGAUUGCUUUUUGUUGUUGGUGGUAUUUUCUUCAGUGAUUAGAUGACUGUAUGUAUAUAGCUACUCUACCUGUGAAAGGAUUAUUUUUACAACAAAAUAAAAUACAUUUUUCAGUGUU